AUGAGCAGUUUCACCCAGCUGCUCCUUGAGAAAGGUGUACAGAUACGAGGAGAACCCAGCUUGCCGCAUCGGUCACGCAGGAGCGAGUCAGAUGGACGCCGCUCUGUGCCUGCCUUGGAUGAGAUACUUGCUCAGAUGGACCAGGAGGCCGAAGAAUCACAAAGAGUCCCAUGUUUUGAACCUGAAAAAGAAAGGCCCGAGAAGGUGAACGAUGGCAGCCAGCAGACGCCGAGCUCCAGCUGCUCGAGCCCAUGGCUUUUUGAGGCCAGUUCUGCUGCCCAAAAGCGCAGCGAGGCCUUUGAGAGCAUCCAAAACCAGUCCUUCCGGGAGGAUGUGACAGGGCCCGUUUCUCGGCAAAAACCCAGAAGCCAGAAGGAAACCCGUAAGCCGACGCAUUGGAACUUCAGUUUCAACGUGAAUCGGGAGGUGGUUGGAGCUGAAUUGCUGGAGGUUGGGGAAGAUGGAGAACUUCAGCCGCCAGCGAAAGAUCCCAAGACGCUGCCGCGAACAGGAAAGGGCAAAGCAGAGCCAUUGCCUGGACUGCCAAGCUUCCGGCAGGGACCUCCAAGGGUAGAGCCAGGGCUGGCAAGGUGGCGACCUAUUCCAAGUCACAACGAAUGGGUGGCAGGAUUGCAAAAGAUGGCAGAAGCCAACCGUCCCAAGGACCAAGAGCGGAAACCUCCUCCUGUGCCAGCUGAGGAGUUUUUGGAGAGAGGAUCUCCUCUAGAGAAAAGGCCCUUCCGUUGCUUGCGCUCCGAGGUGGUCUACUGCUCCGUGAAUUGUUUGUGUGAUGAUUGGAAGCCGUAA